AGUGAAGACUUGGCGUUGCCCCCCAGGGAGCUCUACCUCCGGGCCUGUCGUCUGACCGGAGCGUCGCCCGUCUCCUGCUUCCUCCAUCACUCGGGCAAGGGACCCCUCGCCCUCAACCACCGUGGGCUGGGGCCACAGGGGGCCAAGGCCCUGGCCAUCGCUCUAGUGAGCAACGUGGACAUCACUCACGUGGAGAUGGAAGACAACUCGCUGGGGGCGGCAGGGACACGCUACAUCACAGACCUGCUCAGAACAAACUCCUGCAUCCAGAGUCUGAACCUGUCCCACAAUGCUCUUGGGCCAGCAGGAGCCAGAAGCAUCUGCCGGAUGUUGAUGGAGAACAUCUCCUUGAAGUCUCUCCAACUCUCAGGAAACAAAUUCCUGACUCAGACGCAAAAUCCUUUGCUGAUGCUUUGGAGUGGAACAUUGUGCUGAGGGAGCUGGAUCUCAGUCACAACAGCUUCGGUGUGUGUGGAGGACAACUCCUGGGACAGAUGUUAGAGACCAACUCGGGCCUGGAGCUGCUCAACCUGAGCUGGAACCACCUGUGGCUGGGCGGGGCUGUGUCUGUGUGUGCGGCACUCAGGGGCAACACUGCCCUGAAGCACCUGGACCUGUCCUGGAACAGCCUGGGCCGGGGCGGGGCGGGGGCGCUGGGCGACGCGCUGAGGCACAACAGCAGCCUGCUGUGGCUGGACCUCCGGAGCAACCGGCUGGACGACGCGGCGCUGGCCCUGCUGGGCCCGGGCCUGGCCGCCAACACCAGCCUGCAGGGGCUCCGGCUCUCCCAGAACCCUCUGAGUGCCGACGGAGUCCUGGUGCUGCUAAGGACGGUGAGGAGCAACGCCCAGUCCGCCCUGGAGGACAUCGACCUCACGACCAUAUGGGUGAACCCGGCGUGUGUGGAGCUGCUGGCUAAAGCGGUCGGUGACGGGUCCCCUCUGAAGGCCCGCUACGGGGGGGUCCUGGGUUCCUAUAGCAACAGGAAGAGCAAGGAGACAUCCACCUCCCUCAAUGACCAGUCCACUCCGUGAGCUGCCGAGGAGCCUUCCUGGUGCCCUUGCAUGACGCGGAUCGACAACGCGGGGAAAACCCUUUGAAUAAAAAGCCUGACCGAG